AUGGCAGAUGAGAGAAAGACCAUUAAAGAGGUCGAAAGUAGUCCUCUGAAGAAGAAAAACAGAUGCAUACGAUCCAUAUUCAUGCAUGCAGAUAACGUGGAUAGGUUUUUGAUGGCUGCUGGUUUCAUCGGAGGAGUUGUCGAUGGCACUGUUGCACCCUUGAUGAUAUAUUUGAAUGGCCGUUUGUUUAAUAAUCUUGAUGAUGCAGCUGCUGAUAUGCUCACCCGCAACGUUCACCACGUUGCAUUGUUACUGAUUUUGACGGCUUGCUGGGGAUGGGUUGGGUGUUUCAUAGAAGGAUUUUGCUGGACAAGAACAAGUGAAAGACAAGCCACAAGAAUGAGAAGUAGAUAUUUGAAAGCUAUUCUAAGGCAAGAUGUAGGUUACUUUGAUUUGAACGUAACUAGCAUAGCUGAAGUAGUCACAAGCGUUUCCAACGAUAGUCUCAUAAUUCAAGAAGUUAUCAGUGAAAAGAUUCCACACUUGAUUGCCAGAGGUACUUCAUUUAUUGGAGCUUACAUAAUAGCUUUUCUGGUACUGUGGAAAUUAGCUCUUGUGAUUUUUCCAUUUGUACUGUUGCUGGUGAUUUCUAGUUUAAUAUAUGGGAAGAUUUUACUGAGUCUGGCAAGGAAGACACAAAUGGAGUAUAAGUUGGCAAGCACAAUAGCAGAACAGGCAAUAUCUUCAAUAAGAACUGUUUAUGCCUUUGUUGGUGAAAACAAAACCUCCAUUAAGUUCUCUGAAGCUCUACAAGGAUGUGUGAAAUUGGGGUUGAAGCAAGGGUGGGCAAAAGGUUUGGCCCUUGGAAGCAGUGGUAUUACUCACCUUAUUUGGGCUUUCGUUACUUACUAUGGUAGCAGAUUGAUCAUGUAUCAUGGAGCCAAGGGAGGAACUAUUUACAUAGUGGGCACCUGUAUUACUUUUGGUGGACACUACCUUGUUGCUAGUUUAUCUACCUUGAAGCCUUUAUUUGAAGCAUGUUCAGCUGCAAAGCGUAUAAAUGAAGUGAUUAAAAGAAUCCCAAAGAUUGAUUUAGGCAAUAUGGAAGGGGAAAUUUUGGAUAAUGUUAUAGGAGAAAUUGAAUUCAAACAAGUUGAGUUUGCAUAUCCGUCAAGGCUUGAGAACAUAAUUUUCAAGGAUUUUAGUCUCAAAAUUCCAGCAGGCAAGGCUGUAGCCUUGGUAGGCAGUAGUGGAUCAGGAAAAUCCACAGUGAUUUCCUUGUUGCAAAGGUUUUAUGACCCAAUUGGAGGAGACAUAGCUCUUGACGGGGUUCCUAUUAAUAAAUUGCAGCUCAAGUGGUUUAGGUCACAAAUGGGAUUGGUCAGUCAAGAGCCUACACUAUUUGCAACCACCAUUAAAGAGAACAUACUUUUUGGCAAGGAAGAUGCUGAAAUGGACGAGAUUAUUGAAGCUGCUAAAGCUUCCAAUGCCCAUAAUUUCAUAUCAGAGUUGCCUCAAGGAUAUGACACACAGGUUGGGGAGAGAGGGAUUCAAUUGUCUGGUGGCCAAAAACAGAGAAUUGCCAUAGCAAGAGCAAUAAUAAAAGCACCCAAAAUCCUUCUCCUUGAUGAGGCAACAAGUGCAUUAGACUCCGAAUCCGAAUGUAUUGUGCAAGAAGCUCUUGAUAAGGCCUCGGUCGGGCAUACAACAAUAAUCAUUGCACACCGCCUUUCUACCAUUAGACAUGCAGAUUUAAUUGCAGUUGUCCAAGAUGGCCAAGUCACGGAAACUGGUUCACAUGAUGAGUUAAUGGGAAAUGAAAUGGGCCUUUAUCCCAUGCUAGUGCAACUUCAACAUACAGAACAAGAACAAGUCAAGGGGAAAGGUGAUAAAGAUUUGUCUACCAAUGCGAUCGACAUAAAUAAUGCUAGCAGUCAUCGACUUUCUUUAGCAAGCCGAACAAGUUCAGCCAAUUCAGUAGCAACAAAUCAUUCUUCACCAUGUGAAGAAAUGAAUGUUGAGGAUAAAAAGUUGCCUGCACCAUCUUUUAAGAGAUUGUUGGCCCUGAAUUUACCAGAGUGGAAAGAAGCAACACUGGGAUGCUUAGGUGCAGUCUUAUAUGGUGCAGUGCAACCACUUUCAGCUUUCACCAUGGGAUUAAUGAUAUCAAUGUUUUUUCUCUCAGAUCAUGGUGAAAUUAAAGAAAAAGCAAAGGUUUAUGCUUUGAGUUUUCUUGGGAUUGGUUUGUUUUCACUGAUAAUUAAUGUUAUUCAGCAUUAUAAUUUUGCUUACAUGGGGGAGCACUUGACAAAGAGGAUUAGAGAGGGGAUGCUUUCAAAGAUAUUGACUUUUGAAGUUGGGUGGUUUGACCAAGAUGAGAAUUCUAGUGGCACUGUUUGCUCUAGGCUAGCGAAAGAUGCCAGUGUGGUGAGAUCUUUGGUGGGCGAUCGGAUGUCUCUUCUCAUGCAAACCAUCUCCGGUGUAACUCUAGCUUGCGUCAUGGGGUUAUUUCUUUCGUGGCGACUUGCCCUUGUGAUGAUAGUGCUCCAGCCACUCAUUAUCUUUAGCUUGUACACCCGAAUGGUUUUACUCAAAAGCAUGUCUAAGAAAGCCAUCAAAGCACAACAAGAUAGUAGCAAGCUUGCUGCUGAUGCGGUGUCGAACCAUCGAACCAUCACCGCCUUCUCAUCUCAAGACCGAAUUUUGAAAAUGAUGGAAAAGGCUUAUGAAGGUCCAAGAAAGGAGAGUGUUAGGCAAUCUUGGUUUACAGGUCUUGGAUUUGGAUCAGCUCAAUUUCUUACAGCAUGCAUUGUGGCUUUCAAUUUUUGGUAUGGUGGCAAACUCAUCUCUCAGGGAUAUAUCAGUUCGGAAGCUCUUAUCCAAACAUUCCUCAUUUUGGUUAGCACUGGACUUGUCGUGGCUGAAGCUGCAAGCAUGACAUCGGACUUGGUCAAGAGUUCCGAGGUUGUUGCAUCUUUGUUUGCUAUCUUAGACCAUGGUACAAGAAUCGGACCCGAUGACUCUAAUGGUUACGUUGCCGAAGAAAUUACAGGCCAUGUAGAAAUCCAUGAUGUCGAUUUUGCAUAUCCCGCUAGGCCUAAUGUGAUCAUCCUAAAGAACUUCUCAUUCACUUUUGAAGCUGGAAGAUCAACAGCAUUGGUAGGACAAAGCGGUUCUGGAAAAUCAACAAUCAUUAGUUUAAUCGAGAGGUUUUACGAUCCUCUCAAAGGAGUUGUGAAGAUCGAUGGUCGAGAUAUAAAGUCGUACAACCUAAGGACAUUGAGGAAACACAUAGCACUUGUUAGCCAGGAGCCAACAUUGUUUGUUGGCACAAUAAGAGAGAACAUCUUAUACGGAGCAGCCGAUGAAACUGGUGAAUCUGAAGUCAUUGAAGCUGCUAAAGCAGCCAAUGCCCACGAUUUCAUUGCAGGCCUUGCAAACGGUUACGAAACAUGUUGCGGAGAUAGAGGAGUGCAAUUAUCCGGUGGCCAAAAGCAACGGCUCGCAAUCGCCCGAGCAGUACUAAAAAAGCCUACAAUCUUACUACUAGAUGAAGCAACCAGCGCACUUGACAGUAAAUCUGAGAAAGUGGUACAAGAGGCAUUAGAGAGGUUAAUGGUGGGGAGAACCAGUGUUGUUGUGGCACAUAGGCUAAGCACCAUUCAAAACUGUAAUCUUAUUGCAGUGUUAGAGCAAGGGAAAGUGGUGGAGAAAGGUAACCAUUCAUCUCUGUUAGCCAAGGGGUCAACGGGAGCUUACUACUCUUUGGUUAAUCUUCAAAGAAAAAACCCAUAAUUCUACUCAGUCAUUUAAAUAAACUUUGGGUAUUUUAGAUAGAAAAAAAUCGACUCAAUCACUGUUGGUACC